ACCCACUCAGCCCACUCCCAGACAGUCCAAGCAAAAAUUGUUGUUUGAGGAAUUUCUCUUCGCUAAGAAGCUAUCUUUGUUUCUUUUUGACAAUUUCAAUAGAAAACAAUCACAGUAAGGUACUUAAUUGUUGGGGAUAGAUGAUUUAAUAUAGAAAAACGGCUGUAUUGGACCUUUAACGAUCAAGUUAUAAUAUUUACUCACCAUUGGCCCUAUGUUGACAUGUGGUCGAGCCCCGCUGCCGCCAGAUGGCGCUAUUAUUCCUCACGUCUUUUGUAAUUGCCACGUAAGGAAUAAUCGCGCCCUCUGAUGGCAACAGGGUUGAAACAGCGUGACACAGUUCAUUCGAGAAAUGACGUACCUCAAGGGGCGCGCAUGACCUGUUGGACUGGAAUAUGUAACGCAGGACUUAGUGGAACAAAUAUCGCCUGCCGAAAAGGAAAGUAAAGUUUCUUCUAGCUGUUCAGGUGACUAUCUUUCAAACUGGGAGCAACUUGGAAAACGCUUACGGAAAACUUUCAAACUUCAUUCGACGGAGAAUACCGUGCCCUGUUUCUACAGUCCAGACGAGAUCAACACUGUCCUGAACCCCUGUCCUAGUGAGAGGAACAGACCUAGUGAUGUCCCAACCUGACAGGAAUAUCUAUUCUUCAUUGGAGGGGGGCAUCCAGCCCCCAAAUGUAGGCUUUGGGCAGCCAAGCCCACCAGGAUAUGGGAUGACCUUACCCAACACGCAGGGAAUGUCGAACCCAUUUGGGGGGCCAGGGCCUGCUCCAGAGGGGAUGCCCUUCCCCACGCCUGGGGCAUUUGGUCAGCCCAUGUACUCCCAGGGUCAGGAGAACCCAGGAUAUGGGAUGACCUUACCCAACACGCAGGGAAUGUCGAACCCAUUUGGGGGGCCAGGGCCUGCUCCAGGGGGGAUGCCCUUCCCCACGCCUGGGGCAUUUGGUCAGCCCAUGUACUCCCAGGGUCAGGGGAACCCAGGAUAUGGCACUGCACCUUACGCUCCCAUGCCUGGGGCCUACGGUCAGGGCUUUGACAACCCAAAUCAUGACCCAAACACUGGUUACCACAGCGAUGAUCAACCCCCAGCCUUUAGUGACAAUAGUUCCUUCUCUCUUGGCUCUGGACUGGAUGACAAGACCAUAAGACGAGCCUUCAUCCGGAAAGUCUUCAUGGUGUUGACCGUCCAGCUGAUGGUAACAUUCACCUUUGUGGCUGUCUUCACCUUUGUGGAGGAAAUCAAAGUGUUCGUCAGGGCCAACACAUGGACCUACUGGGUAUCCUAUGGCAUCUUCUUCGUCUCUCUCAUCACCAUCAGCUGCUGUGGAGAGUUUCGCCGUAAACAUCCAUGGAACCUGAUUGCACUCUCCAUCCUGACCCUGGCUAUGUCCUACAUGGUGGGGAUGAUAGCUAGUUUCUACGACACGGACUCAGUCAUCAUGGCCGUGGGCAUCACUGCUGUUGUCUGCUUCACCGUGGUUAUCUUCUCUCUCCAGACCAAGUAUGACUUCACUUCCUGUCACGGUGUGCUGUUGGUCUGUCUGAUUGUCCUGUUCCUCUUCGGCUUCCUCUGCAUCUUCAUCCGCAACAAGAUCCUGGAACUGGUCUAUGCCUCGCUGGGCGCUCUACUCUUCACAUGCUUCUUGGCUGUGGACACUCAGCUGCUGCUUGGCAACAAGGAGAAUGCCCUGAGUCCAGAGGACUAUGUUUUUGCUGCUCUCUCCCUGUACACUGACAUCAUCAACAUCUUCCUCUACAUCCUGACUAUCGUUGGAAGAGCACGGAACUGAGAGCUUCCUCUAAAGGAACCAUUGAAGGAUGAAGGAGUCUUUUUACAGGAGUUACCAAUCUGUUCCCAUAUCUAGUACAACACCUGCUCCACAUUGUUUUAUGUGCCCAUGUCUCAGGUGAACACUGCUGUCGCCUGUCGUUCCCCCCCCCCCUAGCAAACUCAGUCCGGCGUUGAACUUACUCUUGAAAGUUGUAAUAGUAGAAUGCACAAGGUGACAUUUGUAAAUUGGGUGGUGCAUCAUCAGUUCCUCUUGUCAGUCAUUACGUACCAUGUUUGGGUAACCCUGAUCUGGCAGAUGCUCUUAUCCAGUGCAAUGUAUUUUUCUAUUGUGUUACUAUUUUUCUUUGCUCAUUUUUCGUACUUUUUAACUCUGCAUUGUUGGGAAAAGACUCGUCAAUAAGCAUUUCACAGUGAAGUUACACCUGUUGUAUUCGGAGCAUGUUACAUGAUUUGACUUAGUCCGUUCAUUCAACUUGGGUAACUAAACAACCACAUAUCACAGUCAUAGCAAGUAACUCUGCUUGAUAGUACUCCCUCAUGUUCAUUGUGCUCAUUUUUACCACAAUCCAGACUGGUUUAAAUUGUGUAGUGUGAAUAAUUAAUCAUAUUUGAAUUCAAUUUGUUUUGUGAUAUUUCUGAUGUUUGUGAGUCUUUGCAGCUGUAUUUGUUGAUAUUUAUUCAAUUAAAACUGAAUUGUGAUC